GAUGAGCACCGUGCCCUAGAGUCGGACACGACUGGACAAAUUGUCAAGGGGAACCUUUACCUUAAUGCUAACAUCAUGGAGCAAUAUUCUACCCUAAUAAGAAAUUAGUAUCUGGUAAAGGAAGCGUUCCUCAUGAAGAGUCAUUCUUUGUGAUCAUCACCCUGCAGACAACCAGGGCAUGUCACGUGGGUGCUUUAAUAGUUCCUGCAAGCAAAUUCCUCACAUGUGGUGCAUUGUGUACUAGCUUUCCUGUCCAUUUUAGCAAAUACAGUGAUGCCUCACAAGACAAAAAUAAUUUGUUCUACAAGCCAUUUUCUAUUGCGAAAAUUUUGUCCUGCAAAGCGCAGUUUCCCAUAGGAAUGCAUUGAAAUUUAAUGCGUUCCUAUUUGCCUUGUGAAGCACGGCCAUAGAAAAAUUUGUCUUGCGAGUCACCAAAAAAUCACAAAACACUUUCGUCUUGUGAGUUUUUCGUUGCGCAAGGCAUUAGUCUUUCGAGGCAUCCCUGUAAUGGGUAGAAGUAAAGCUUUUUAUGGUAUCAUUUUACACUAGGUUUUCAGUUUACAGAUCUGCUGAUUUUAAGCUUCGUUCUAAAGCCCAGCCAUUUCCCACCAUAUUUCAUCUGAUUUUCUCAUCACGGCAGUGUAACAAAACUGAUCUUCACAUAGAACCUGCCCAGGAAAAUGUCUCAAGAGAAUAUAAUUAUAGUACAUUACAAUACUUUUAAGAUGUUUUCUCUCUAUAUUUGCAAUAAAUGGUGUUGGAAUGGACUUUUACACCAUACUACCUGUUUAUCAAUGGUUAGAUCUUUUACUGGUGCAUACCAUUUCCAAAACUGUACAAGUAAAAUAUUCCACAUAACUUGAACAGUAGCCAAUGUGUCAGUAGCUGAUUGCAUUACUCUUGUUUUCUUGUUGUCAAACCACAAGUAUCUUAUGAAUUCAUAUCAUUUCUUCAGGCUCAUUAUUGCUCUAAAUGGCAAUCCUGAGACUGGAUGCUGCAAUUCACAUGACUUUGGUGGGAAAAUGCAUGAUUAAAGGGAUGAAUUAUUCAAGUACUGUACUUAAUUGGCUGUAUUAUAUGUCUGUGUAGCUUACACGUGGCUAUCACGGAGGUCUAUCGCUUUUAACAUAAACUGAACAACAUAUGGGUAGUGACAAAUCUAAUGACAAAAGUGGCCCUGUUAAAGAAGCAAUGCAGAACAGAUAUUUUAAAUUGAAAUACAGCAAACAUUGAAGAGGCAGAUGAGGAAAGUUGACAGAAAACAAACAAACCCAGCUUUAAAGAAGUAGAAGGAGACAAGUAAUGUUGGGGAUUCUGUUCUAUUUCUCAGAAGACUAUGAUGGAAUGGAAAAAGCAGACAAAUCGGCAUACUGUAUAGCACAAAGAAAUGGAAGCGAGAAGAGGCUGACAGCAAGCGCCUGAUCAUGUUUCGGAAAAGGGGAAACAAUGUGACAGGACAGCAGAAUAAUUUUGGCAAGAAAAGUGCAAAGACAAUCCUGUUAUUAGAAAGAGAAUGUGAAAGCAUUAUUGGGCCUAUGACCAAUCUUUUCUACUCACAUAUUCCUCUGGAUUAAACUAGGUCUCAGAAUUUAAGGUUUAGCUUUGGCCCUAUAUUGAUUGGCAGAAGAAAAGAUGUGGAAAAUGUUUGUGGAGCAGCUUGUUAAUUAAAACAAUAUAAAAAUACACCAGGAUAAUCAAUUUUAAAGAAAAUUCCUGAAUUUUAAUGUAUAUUUCUGAAUUUUAUACCAACAGACUAUUUUCUGUUUUUAGAAAACUAUUGAGAAAACAUUGAUGUAUUUUGUGGGGCAGAUAGUUGAAGAACUGCUGCAUUUCUGCUGAUGAGGGUAAAAAGAAUGAAAGGGAAAUUGAAGUUUUAAUGAUUGCCUGCUAGUUUGCUUUUAUGCAACCGUUCCCCAGGGAGGGGAAACUUGUUGCUGGCUUCCUUGGAGUAUAAAUGUAGUUGCCAUGACAAUUCAUCUGAAUAGAGCAGAUUAAGGGAAACAAACAAAGUAGAAUUGGUUGGCCUCUGUUUUCUUGCUGCAGUUUAUCCUGUAGUCUGACUUGCUAGGCUUUGGAAAAAGCACAUUGAAAGUUAAGAAAACUGUACUUUUUGCAGAUGUCCUGCACAUCUUUAGUUGCAUAGUAUACCGUGAGACAUAUACCAUUUACAUACUAUCCUGACAAUUUAUGCCCUAGAACAGUGGUUCCCAAUGUUGGGUCCCAGAUGUUGGACAAAAACUCCCAGAAACCUUCACCGCUAGCUGUGCUAGCCAGAAUUUCUGGGAGUUGCCCUAGAUUGAGUUGUUGCAAAUCUACCUACAUCUUCUACCUGUGUUCCUUCACUUGGAGGUGUAGGCAGAACCUGUUGCAAACAACAUACUUCAAUACCAUGACCUAAUCCAGUUACCAUUGUUGCUGUAACUAUGGUUAAUCAACUCUUAGUUUAGCUAUGACUAUAGAAAUGAUAGUUAGCCAACUCUGUAAAAGGAACUGAAACGAUCCAUGCAAAACUGGUCAAAUUUUGGACAAACCAAUUCCAUGUGAUUGGUCUCACACUGCAUCUUUGAUUUAUAAACAGGGUGAUGUUUGAUGGGCAGACUAUGGGCUAGGAGAAAGUUCCCAUGGUAUGAGAUAUAACUGUGGCAUCCAUUGCCUCAACGAAUUUGGGGAAAUAGAUUAUUUGACAGAGCAUACUUGAUGGCAAAGAAGAAUUAACCGCCCAAUAUAUGUAUAGGAAUUAAUCUCUUAAACCAGGAGGCUGUGUCAAGUGACAGUUCUUGCCUCAUGACCAGAUCCUACAUGUGACCCUCUCUGUCCAAUACAGAUACCACUAGGCACUAUGUUUUAAAGUGCCCAUUGUGCAGCAGGAGAGUCAAAGUUUAAAAGUACUAUAAUCUAUACAAGGUGUUGCUGAAAUGCUAACAGUAUGUUUAAUUUCAGUAGUACAGCAACUGAGGCCUUUCAGCAAUUGUCAUGCAUUAUGAGUUAUGUUCACAAAACUGUUAUUUUGAGUCCAGGGAAAAACAUUUAAAUUAUAGGCAGAGUAAAAAAGAAAAAUGGAGAGUCUAGUGGUGCCUUAAAAGCAAACACAUUUAUGAUACCACAAGCUUUUGUGGACUUGCAUCAGCUUCUUUUCUUUAAAUGGGCAACAAAAAUGUGAAGAGGAAAAGCUGUAAAAUUAUUUGUACUACAGCACAGUUUCAGCCUGCGUGUAGAGGAAAUAAUCAUUUUAUUAAUUCUUUAUUUAAAAAUAAUGAGUGCUCUUUCAAGCAUAUACAUGGUCAUACACACCAUUCUUCAACCAGCCAGUCAAUGUGACAAUAAUGGUGAAUAACAAUUAAAAGGACAAUACAAGCUCAGAAAGCAAAACUAUUCUAAUCACCAAACUAUAAUACUUGAAGUAACAGUAUUAAAUUUGAUCUGUAAAGUGUACCUCAUCAGAUAACCACGUUGACCUGCACAACUAUUUCGUCUCUGUUGAAGGAGGGGGAAGGUGUUGGUGCUGAAUUUAGCAUGAUUGGUUUUUACAGUUCAUCCACUUUAUUAUCUACCAGCAAAACCAUUCACCUAUCAAAUUCCAGACAGUGGCCACAGUCCUGCUGUUUAGUGUAGGAAAUUGCACCAGAGUAGUCCCAUUGACUCAACAGUGAUUUGGUGAGUUAACUCCUCCAAAUGUUCCAUUAAUGCAAAUGAGCCUACUCUAACUGUGACCUACUUCCCCUUCCUUUCCAAUGAUUUUUAGGAAGAUUACGUUUCCAGCAAAAUAUUUUGCAAUUUGUGUUUGAAGGUAGUGCUCCCUUGUGCUACUAGUAUUACAAUGGCCCUGCCAUUGUGAUGGGAAAGAAUUAAUGCAUAGACCUGUUGUUGGCUGAAAUAAGGUCCCUUUCAUUACAACUCAAGUAAUCCUGGCCCUUCAUAGGGCAUGGAUGCAGGCCAUCAUGAAACUUGCUUCUCAACCUGUCUCAGCACAUCUGCUCAGAAGUGCAGAAUGACAGAAGGUAGGAAUCCACAUGGGCUUAUAGCUAUUGCAUGGCUUCCUUGCUGCUUAGGAGUGAGGCUGGACCUAUGGCCCCCAAGCUAGCCAUGGCCAGUGCCUUAAGGGGAUCGCCAAAUAAACAAGAUGUCUGUGUUCACAUAUCCUGCUCCCUGAACUGAAUGGAAUUAAUCUCAUUGCCUGAAAUCACCAAUAAGGUUGUGACAAAAUAGGUUUCCUCAUUUAAUUCAAACUUGCACAAGACCACAGCCAGUUGGAGGGGGAACUGAAGAAUGUACAACAGCUGAUUGGAGCAUCAAGACACUUAAAACAGUGUUUGAUGGACCAGAAGAGGAACUGUAUCUGUCAGGCACAUGUUUGGGAAACCCCAUCCUUUCACCAGGCCAACCAAGCAGGUCUCUCUGGCCCCAAAAUAACUAGAAUUCUCUCCGGCAGCAACAGGAAAGUGGAUCAGAAGUGGAGAAAAUGCUAGGGUGAUGAGGCCUCUUACUUCCAUUUCCCCACCCCAUCCUGGCUCUGCAGAGGGCAUAAUUGGGGCUUCCAGGUAAGCUUAACCCCUCAUUUCCCAGUGGCAAAGUCAGACACAUGACAUUAUGUUAACCUCUAUGAUGAAUAAGCUAGAAAUCAUAUUAAAUUGAUAAAUAUAUUACUGUACUGUAUUGUAAAGUAAGUAAGUAUUGUGAAUAACAUUCAUAGAUCAUAUUUAUUUGCCUCAUCAUUCUUUCUGAUUGUUUCUUAGUACUGUGACUUGGUUUCUUGUCUUCAAAGGAGAUUGAAACUUGUAUGGCAACUCAAACAGGUUUGGCCAGUGCAUGUUGCUAUGGAUUAGUUGCUGCCUGGGAGUCAGUAAACUCAUCCAGUUCCAAAAACCAAGAGGAGAAGGAAGAAAAUCGAAGGAGAGAUUAAUGUUGCUGUUAUUAUAGUUUACUGUUUAGAAGCAUACGUGAGACUGAAUAUCCCUGUGACUUUGUGGAUUAUUUCUAAAUGUAAUAGAGAGGUUUGUGAUCCGAUUAUAAGAUAUUCAGGUAUACAACAAAAAUUGUACUGAGGUUUGUGAUCUACCUUGUAUAUUUACUUGUUUACUACAAUUGUAUAUUUGGAAGGAGUCAUGAGAAUAUAUUAGUUUGGAUUUUUAGCUCAGAAGAAAGCUGAAACAAACCAGAAAUGCCAAACAAGGAAUGAAAUGCAAUAUUUUCCACAAUUGUCCUUCUACACUUCCAUAUACAACUUUGAUGCAAAAAUUAUGUGGACAACUCAUAAAAAAGGAAAUUUACCACAGAAACUUUUAUGCACACCUGAAGCAAAUGGUGCAGAUCAGGCCAAAUGUCCCAAUGCAACUUCACUGGAUAAGGAUGAUGCCCUUGAAAGGGAAUUAGUUUCCAGCAAGAAAUCAAAAACACAGAAAUCAAUGUGCACAAACAGAUGGCACCUCCAAACACAAACCAGUGGAGAACUCUCUAAUUUGGAAGACACCAAGGCAACUGAUGAAAAUAAAAUCAGUAAAAGGGUAACUGAGUUAGCCAAAGACACAUUAUCAUCUUCUCUGGUGUUGACAGAUGUAAACAGCUCAAAUGAUAAAGAAGGAGACAAAGCUGUUUGUAAUGGAUCCUCAUCCUAUCCGGAAACUGAGAGUACAAAACUAAAGCUCUUUCAUGAUCUUUUGUUGAAACAUCAAGAUCCAACUCUGGAAACAAGAUGUUGUCUGCGCAGCCCUUCAGCUAAUGACACUAAUAGGCUUGUAAUUAGGGGGCAAAUUAAUGUGCCGUGUUUAUCCAGAAAGAAAAUCUUCAUGAUCUAUAUCUGUGGAGGUUAUCAAGAUUCAGAAGUGGAACGGAAUGCUUUAAUGGAGAAGUCCUUUCCUUGGCUGUACAACUACUGUAAGGAGCAAGGUUAUGACUUCCAGAUGGUGGACCUGAGAUGGGGGAUAAAAGAUGGUAUCACUAAUGAUCACAGUAUGGCUUCACUGCAUAUGAAGAUGUUAAGGAAAUGCCAGCAAUUGGGAUUUCAAACUUUUGUUGCUUUCAUUGGGCAAAAGCACGAUGAUCUCUCUCUCCCAGAAAAAAUAAAUAGGACAGAUUUUGAAGUCAUUAAAGCCACUGUUGAACACAUGAAGAUGACUGUCAAAAAUAUAAAAUAUACCUUGUCUGGCAGUUUGAAGGAAGAAACUGGAAUAAGCAACCAGAAUGAAAUUCAAGAUAGUGUCCUGGGCCACAGUCUAUUAACAGAAGAGCAUGAAGACAAGACAAAUAGCAAGAAGGAAUGUAAAGUGAUGGACUCAGACAAGGAGAAAUUGCCCAGUGCCUCUCUACUCACCCAAAAGACUGUUGCAGAAUAUGACAAAGAACUUCAGCUUCUGGAUAAAUGGUACAGGAUGGAUGAGAACUGCAUCCCUGCAGUUUACAAGCUUCAGCCUAUUUGCACAGGGUACAGAGAUAUCUUCAGCAAAGAUCCUACUCGCAGGCAACAAGCUAAGAACAAAUGGCUGGUGACGUUUCAAAAACUGCAUAAAAUACUUCUAAAAUAUGCUCCAGUUGCUCUUGGUCAGGAAGGUGCUGCCACACUGCUCAAAACAGUUUUGCAACAAGAAGUGGAUCAAGGAUUCCAGGUCCAAGGAUCUUGCGAGGAUCAUUGUCACUGUUUCAAAAGAAGUAUCACUGAUCUGCAGAACAAUCUGUCAAGCCCACAAGCAUCAAAAUAUAUUGACAUCCACCCACUACGGCCAGAGAUCAACAAAUCAAUGUAUGAAGCUCACCAAAACUUUGUGAAAAACAUUCACUCUCGGCUGCGGCACACAAAUAUUUAUAGUAAGAAUAUAAACUGGGGAAAAAAUGGAAUCAGCCCCACCAGCAACAGUUCUCAUGCCUACUACCUGGAAUGCCUCUGCAAUGACUUUCAGAAGAUCGUUAUCAGCCAUUUCAACAGAACAACAAAGCCAAAGGAUAUUCCAGAAAAUCUGCAUAUACGAAGAAAGCAAGCAUUUAAAACUCAAAAUGAUGAAGAAAUUUUGGAACAUGUGCAGCAUGGUCAGGCCCUGGUUGAAAAUAUGGUAGGAAGAGAAAUAUUUUUGUGCAAGCUGAAGAAUCAGGUUACAUCUCCAGAUAGAAUGCUAGUUGUAGUUUGUGGAGAGGCUGGAUCUGGGAAAAGUGUAAUCACAGCAAGGGCUAGUUCUUUGGCUUCUAAGUGGAUUUCAGGGAACCUCAGAAUUAUAAUUCGAUUUAUUGGUCUCACUGGUGAAAGCAAAAAUAUUCGUCUGCUGCUCUUAAGCCUUUGCUACCAGAUAGCUGAUGUAUACAAUGUUUCUGUUAAUUUGUCCCAGGAUUUUGGAGCAUUGGCAGAAGAGUUUCUCUCUUUACUGGAAUUUGCUACACAGGACAAGCCACUUUUAAUAUGUUUGGAUGGUAUGGAUGAUUUAUCAGAGGAAUAUGAUGCUGACUUUUCUUGGAUACCUACUGAAUUACCAAAGAAUGUAUAUAUUAUUGUUUCCACAUGUACUGAAUCAGCUUUCUCGUGCUUAAGAAAACUGGAGAAAAUGACAAAGAAAGAGAAUAUUCUACAAAUACCUCCUUUGACGCUUGGGGAGAUCAAUGAGAUGAUCAGCUCUUGGCUGGAAAAAGAUCACCGAAGUCUCACCAAAGGCCAGCAUGAUCACUUGAUGGAAGCAUGUGCAACCUGCCCGCUACCACUGUACACGUGCUGUGCUUACAAGGAGUCUUGUUCGUGGACAUCCUUCAGCCCCCAGACAGAGAUGUUUCUUCCUCAAACUUUACAUGACAUGUAUUCAUGGACUCUGGGCAGAAUGGAAAAAUUGCAUGGGGAACAGGUUCUAAAAAGGAUGGCAGCUUAUGUGACACUUUCAAGAAAUGGUAUAACUCAGAAAGAGCUGCUUGACCUCAUGUCUAUGGAUGAUCUGGUACUUCAGGAAGUUGCUAAAUUUCAGACCGCCUCCAUUCCAGCAUUCCCUCUGGUACUGUGGUUGAAGCUUUUGGAUGAUUUUGGAGACGACAUAAGAGAGCAAAGAACAGACAACACGUACGUCUUUACUUGGGCUCAUAAAUCUCUGAAACAGGUCUGCCUGGAGAGAUAUCUCAAAGCACAAGAUUUCCAGCUAUCACUACAUGCCACCUUUGCAAACUACUACUUGGGGAGAAUUUCACAUAAACUGAAUAAAUGUAGUGAACUGUCUACAUUUCAGCCUCUGGCCUGGACACUGGAAAAAGAAACCAAGAAAAUCCACUACACUUUUAAUAUUCGUAAGCUCUUUGGGACUCCGUAUCACCUCAUCAAAUCAAAGAAUAUUACUGUUCUAAUGAAAGAAUGUCUGUUUAAUUAUGAGUUUCUCUUGCACAAAUCUUGGGCUUCAUCUGUUAUCAGUGUUGAAGAGGAUCUAAGAGCAGCUGUCAAGGCAGACAGGACUGUACCUGACUUAACUUUAUUAAGUGAAGCUCUCAAGUUAUCAAAAAAUAUUUUAAUACAAGACCCAUGUCAAAUGGCUUCACAGCUUACAGGCCGCCUUCAUCAUAUAGUAGCAGCAGAUAAACCUGUGGCCCCAGGUGAUCCCAGGAAAUAUCUCUAUCUGCCAGCUCUUUUGUCCCAGUGCCAAAAAUCUUCCAUUCCUGUUCUUGUCCCUUCGACUUCUUGCCUCAUAGCUCCUGGUGGACUGUCUUGCAAUCAUCUGAAAGGUCACUUGGACAGAAUUACAGCAAUUGCAGAAACCCAGAAGGAAUUCAUUGUUGCGACAGUCUCUAGUAAUGGCACUUUGAAACUAUGGAAUUUGAGGCUUGGCAAAGCCAUCUUCACUCUGCAAGAGGUUGGGGAAAAUAUUACUGCUCUUGUAGUAUGUUCAGAGAAUAGAUUGGCAGCUAUGUCUGACAAGACUACAGUUAAAGUCUGGGAUCUUUCUAUGGCACGAAUGGUAUAUGCAGCUGGAGAGUUUUUGGGUACUCCAGUACUAACAUCUGCAAUGAAUGGACAACUUCUGCUGGUAUUUUAUAAUGGCAACCACAUGGUUCAGGUUUUUGAUCUCACCCACUCAUGCCAGAUGAUCCAUGAAACGUAUCUUUCUACAGAAGAUGCGUCAAUCCACCAGAAUCAUUCCAUAUUGGUAUCAAAGAAUUCAGUAAAAGAGUAUGUUCUGUGUGCUUUCAGGAAUGGAAAUGAAGCUAUGGUCUUUAGCGGCAGAGCAGGGAAAGUAGUAGCCAAGCUGACAACUCAAGAACUUGUGGCAGCAGCUGAACAUGUGGCUGUAACUAAGGAUUACUUCCUGGUGAUCUUCAGAUGUCCGUUUCUCAGGCAGCGGGAGAUUGUGCAUAUAGAGCUCUACCAUGCCCAUACUUUUGCCUAUGCUCAUAAUUUGAAGGGGUGCUGCAAUGAUUACAUUCACACUUUUGCUGUCAAUCACUCCGGCUCUCACCUGGUGGCAUUCAGCGUCAUCCCAAACACCAACACCACUGAGAUUGUGUCAUGGAACCUAGAAUCUGAAGAUCAUAAGCAUUUGGGUAAAUUUUCUUCAGUUCCAGCUGGUGGUGUAUGCCCUGACCUUCGAUACUGUUUAGCAUUUUGUGAUGGUGAUAAUUACCUUCGAUCCUGGAAUCUGGCUCCUAAGAUUAAUGAUCAGUCUUUGACCAUCACGGCAAGUAGAGCAAAAAAACCAAAUGGCAUUCAGGAUAUUGUGACAACAGAAAACUAUUCCAGGUAUGCUGUGUGCCGAAAUACAAGUCCAGGAACCAUAACGGUGUGGAACAUUGUGAAAUCAAAGUGUAAACACAAUGCUGUAAGAGUGGAAAGAGGGCUGAUAGAAAAUACCGAUAUAGUGCUGGUUAGAGAUAUGAAACUUUAUAUCCUCACAGACAAAGGAAUGACUUCCUUUGGAGAUCCACCUAAACCCGUUUUCCAGACUUUGUUAGUUUAUGACCUCCUGAAAAAGAAGUAUAUAAAGAAGCAGACAGGCCUUUACAUAAUUCCUUGCCCAUAUAAUGAAUACAGAAUACUUGAAGGAGGUCUUCUACUUGGUCUCUCGGAAAACAGAGACCAUUUCAUUACCUGGAAUUUGGAAACAGGAUUUAUUAAGGAUCGAAUAAGACCAGAAUACCAGGAUAGGUUUGCCUUGCAUACCACACAGCACAAAUAUUCCUUGUCUGAAGAAAACAUGAAACUGCAUAAAAGACUCUUGCUGAAGGAACCAACAGUACUGUGGCUUCCUUGGGAAAAGCGAAAUGAAACUAAGAGUGCAAAGAGAAGGAGAAGCAGAAAAGCAGCAAAAAUGGAGAUGGAAAUAUUACUACAACUAGAUAAUGAGAAGAGCAAUGCUAUUGAUCAAUACCUCCUGAGCGGAGAUGAGAAAGUAGCUGUGUGUUCCUAUUAUGCACAUCACCUCUCUGUGUUCAGCCUGGAAACCAUGUCCCAUUUGCACACUCUUGAGAGCAGAGAAUCCAUGCUUUUUUUGCAUAGUGCUGACUUGACCUAUAAUGGCCAUUACUUGGUUCUGCCUAAUUACAAUGAGGAUGAGAAUGUCAGCUAUGUAACGUUAUGGGAUUUAGCCACCGGAAAGGUUAGGAAAAGAUUAAAAAAUGAACCAAAUGUCUGCUGUACAGCCAUUAGUGCAGAUGGUAGCAGGAUAAUUUUUGGAGUGAUGCUGGAAAACAGGCUAAAGCUUUGGGAUCCAUUUAAGCACAGACACAAGUUACUUCGAGGUUAUGAAGGUCUCGGUCUUAGUGUGAAGAGCAAACUGCACAUUUUAGAUGAAACAAAGGCUGUCCUGCUAGCAGGUGAGGUCAGUCUCUGGGACCUGGAAAGGGGCACUGUUAUAUCCAUCUUUACACCAGACAGCAAAAUCUCCUGCAUGACACUUGCAUUCGAUAGAAAGUCAAUUCUUUUAGGUUUCAGUGACAGCCCUACUCUCAUCACUUUGAAAAUGUUAAGUGUCAACACUGCCGCCACUUUCCCAGGAACAGAUUUGUUUGGAGAAGAAUCCUCAAGCAGCGAAGAGGAGCCUGAAGGCACUUAAAAGCCACAUUGUCAGAGAGAGGAAGAACUCAGUGUAAGCGAAUGAAAAUUGUGUGCUAGAUCCAGUGUUUUAAGAAUAAAGACAAAACACACCUAUUGGUUGUGAGAGUCAUUAUAAAAUAUUUUAUAGUUGGAAUCUUCCCCUAGUUAAAACAAAAUUCUAAAUAUCAUCUUGCGAAUAGCUUUGUAUGUUAUCAAGAGCUAAUAUAUAAUGAUCCAAAUAUUUUUUAAGUAAAAUAAACUGUGAGGGUUAAAUAACACACUUGGAUCACUGGUGCUGUUUUUAUCAGUUCCAAGGACUUGCUGCAACCUACACAAGAUAAAAUCUUUUAGCAAAUAGAGAAAUAGGAUCACAAUAACCCUUUUUAAAGAGGGUUUAAAAUGUCUUUGGAAUUACAGAUAAAUAAUGUGUGCUUGACGAGAUAUUGUAAAAGCAGCAAAAGGAUUAUAGAGUUUACUCAUGAUAGCUGGAAAUGAUUCCAUUUUGAAAUUGAUAUAAUAAACAUGAAGCUUCAAAUGAGCUAUUGGUAUUUUAAGACCUGUUUAUUGCAAAAAUUGUUUAAUUAAAAUUACCAAGAUAAAUUGGUAUUGUCAAUACAAUGUUCUUUUAAAAUGCUAAAUGUAGGUAAGAUUCAUACAUCACUCUUAGUGACAUUUUAUUAUCUAAUUGUUAACUAAUUAGAUUAACCCAAUUCAGUUGGUAUAAAUAUCACAAACUGUGGAUUAAAUCCAAUUGUUAGCAAUGCUAAAGUAGACCCAUUGAAUAAAAGGAAUUUACAUCUGUGCACUGCUGACUUAUCAAAUUCCUGUGGAUCUACUCUAGUUGGGACUAACAACUAGAAUUAGGCUUCUGAGUUUUAAAAAUGG